UAACUCCGCUUGUGUACGUUUUCUCUUGGAUAGCACAUUAGCACGACUAGCUGUUGGACUGAUUGAAGAUGUCCUUUCAUCCGGGGCGUGGAUGUCCCCGCGGACGCCCUCCCUCUCAAAAUUUCCCCCCUGUUUCCAUGCAUUUGCCCCCUCCUCAGCAUCUUGCCCCCUCUGUCCCCCCUCCGCACCCUUACGACUCCUCGGCGCUCCAUCGUUCCGCCUACAACCCUCAGAACACCUACAUGUCUAACGUCCCGCCUCGUCUCGACUUCCCACCCUACCCCGUUCCUCCGCCCUCCCAGGGCCCACAGUGCCCCCUGCGCCCUCCUUACCCACCCCUUCCGAUGCGCCACGGCUUCCCAGAACCGCCGAACUUUCCCCCGCCGCCUCUGCCCGGCCCUGCCGGCGGCUUCGCGUCCUCUCAGGGCUGUUAUCCUUACAUCCCACCUCCCCCUCCUCCACCCACGAUGCCACCUUCGGUGCCCUUUCAGCCCCCUUACUCCAUGAAUUACCCCCCUCAGCAGCAUGUUCCACCCCCUCCACUGAGUUUCUACCCACCCUCGGAAGCCGGCUCCUUCAAAGCCAUGGAGCAUUUUCAUCAUUUCAAGGGCGACAAAUCGCCGGACCGGUCGCGGCGUCACAAGGGCUACGGGUACGGCGGGUACGGCGGGCAGAGUGAUCGCAGGGAGCGAGGGAGGAGUCUGGACAGAAGGAGGCAGGAGGGAGGAAGGUACAGGUCGGACAGCGAGAGAGGCAGGACUCCGCCCAGGCAUCGGAGCCGCGAGCGCAGCAGGGAGCGGUACCGACACCGGGACAGCCGGAGCUCUCCUCCGUCAGACCGGCACAGGAAACGUCCGCGCAGCCGCUCGCCGAGCCGAGAGAGAAAGCGUGGACGGACCGAGGAGGACCGAGACAGGGAAAGAGACCGGGACCGAGAGAGAGAGAGGGAACGGGACAAGGACAGGAGGACGGAUGGACCGGGUGGAAGUAGAGAGAGAGCGAACAGAGAGACGGAGGAUGAGGAGAAGGAGGAGGAGGAAGAGUUUCUGAAGCCGGCGUGGAUCCGCUGCACUCACGCCGAAAACUACUACUCCAACGACCCCAUGGACCAAGUGGGAGACUCUACGGUAGUGGGCACCAGUAAACUCAGGGUCCUGUAUGAGCGUUUCGAGGAAGAGCUGGGCCGGCGUCAGGAACGAGCCAGGUCCUCCAAACCGAAGUGGGAGCCACCCAAAACCAAACUGGACCUGGAUCAUGACGAGAGCUCGAGUGAUUCGGACUGUGACUCGGACGGAGACAGCAGUUGCUCCAGCAGCUCCGACUCCGACUUGUUUGACGUGAUCGCCGAAAUCAAGAGGAAGAAGGCGCACCCCGACCGGCUCCACGAGGAGCUCUGGUACAACGAUCCCGGACAGAUGAACGACGGUCCGUUGUGUAAGUGCAGCGCCAAAGCCAGGCGCACAGGAAUCCGGCACAGUAUUUACCCCGGGGAAGAGCUGGUGAAGACGUGCCGUCCCAUGACCAACAACGCCGGCAAACUCUUCCAUUACAGAAUCACAGUGUCUCCGCCCACCAACUUCCUGACUGACCGGCCGACGGUGAUCGAGUACGACGACCACGAGUACCUGUUUGAGGGCUUCUCUCUCUUCUCACACACCCCUCUUACUAACAUCCCGUUGUGCAGGGUGAUCCGGUUCAACAUCGAUUACAUCAUCCACUUUAUAGAGGAGGUGGGACCUGAGAAUUACUGUGUGAAAGGACUGGAGCUUUUCUCUUCGUAUGUGUUCCAAGACAUACUGGAACUGUACGACUGGAACCUCACAGGUCCAGAAGAAAACGAGCCACAGGGGUGCCAGAAGUUCCACUUCAUGCCUCGUUUUGUCCGAUUCCUACCAGACGGAGGUAAGGAGGUUUUAUCGAUGCACCAGGUGCUGCUGUAUCUCUUACGCAGUAAUAAAGCCCUGGUUCCUGAAGAAGAAAUCGCCGACAUGCUGCAGUGGGAGGAACUGGAGUGGCAGAAAUACGCUGAGGAGUGUAAAGGAAUGAUCGUCACCAAUCCUGGCAUGAAGCCCAGCUCGGUGAGGAUCGACCAGCUGGACCGAGAGCAGUUCAACCCAAACGUCAUCACCUUCCCCAUCAUCGUCCACUUCGGAAUCCGUCCUGCUCAGCUCAGCUACGCCGGGGACCCUCAGUAUCAGAAGCUGUGGAAGAGCUACGUGAAACUGCGCCACCUGUUGGCCAACAGUCCGAAGGUGAAACAGAUCGAAAAGCAGAAGCUGACACAAAGAGAGGACUCUCUGCAGAAGAUCAGGCAGAAGAACACCAUGAGGAGAGAAGUGACCGUGGAACUGAGCAGCCAGGGGUUCUGGAAAACCGGAAUACGCUCCGACGUCUGCCAGCAUGCCAUGAUGCUCCCGGUUCUGACCCACCACAUCCGGUACCACCAGUGUCUGAUGCACCUGGACAGACUGAUCGGCUACGUUUUCACGGACCGCUCCCUCCUGCAGUUGGCCAUGACCCACCCGAGUCAUCACCUGAACUUCGGGAUGAACCCCGACCACGCCCGUAACUCUCUGUCCAACUGUGGAAUCCGCCAGCCUAAAUACGGCGACCGCAAGGUCCACCACAUGUACAUGAGGAAAAAGGGAAUAAACACGCUGAUAAACAUCAUGUCACGACUCGGCCAGGACGAUCCCUCACCAUCCAGGAUUAAUCAUAACGAGCGUCUGGAGUUUCUCGGUGACGCCGUGGUUGAAUUUCUCACCAGUGUUCAUCUCUACUAUCUGUUUCCCAGUCUGGAGGAAGGUGGAUUGGCCACGUAUCGCACCGCUAUCGUUCAGAAUCAGCAUCUGGCCAUGCUGGCUAAGAAGCUGGAGCUGGAUCGCUUCAUGCUGUACGCUCACGGGCCCGAUCUGUGUCGAGAAUCGGACCUCCGACACGCCAUGGCGAACUGCUUCGAAGCUCUGAUUGGCGCGGUGUAUUUGGAGGGGGGAUUAGAAGAGGCCAAGGAACUUUUCGGAAGGUUACUGUUCAACACUGAGAAUCUGAAGGAAGUUUGGCUCAACUACCCGCCUCAUCCACUACAGGUGCAGGAGCCGCUGACUGACCGGCAGCUGAUCGAAACCUCGCCGGUCCUGCAGAAACUCACCGAUUUCGAGACGGCCAUCGGCGUCCUAUUCACCCACGUGCGUCUCCUGGCCCGGGCGUUCACCCUGCGGACCGUCGGCUUCAACCACCUCACGCUAGGUCACAAUCAGAGGAUGGAGUUUCUGGGAGAUUCUAUAAUGCAGCUCGUAGCCACCGAGUACCUGUUCAUCCACUUCCCUGACCACCACGAGGGUCAUCUGACGCUGUUGCGAAGCUCGUUGGUAAAUAACCGAACCCAGGCGAAGGUGGCGGAGGAACUGGGGAUGCAGGAAUUCGCCAUAACGAACGACAAGACCAAACGACCCGUCGCUCUGCGGACGAAAACACUAGCCGACCUGCUGGAGUCUUUUAUUGCAGCACUUUACAUCGACAAAGACCUGGAAUACGUCCACACGUUCAUGAACGUCUGCUUCUUUCCAAGACUAAAGGAGUUUAUUCUGAAUCAGGACUGGAAUGAUCCUAAAUCUCAGCUUCAGCAGUGCUGCCUCACCCUGCGCACAGAGGGCAAAGAACCCGACAUCCCCCUCUACAAGACUCUGCAGACGGUCGGACCGUCUCACGCUCGUACCUACACCGUCGCUGUGUAUUUUAAAGGAGAGAGAAUCGGGUGUGGAAAAGGACCGAGUAUCCAGCAGGCUGAGAUGGGAGCAGCGAUGGACGCUCUGGAGAAAUAUAAUUUCCCUCAGAUGGCGCAUCAGAAGCGCUUCAUCGAGAGGAAGUAUCGGCAGGAGCUGAAGGAGAUGAGGAGGGAGAGAGAGCGACAGGAGCGAGAGAGCGACGACACCGACGACGGGCGCAAAUAGAGCCGCCGAUCCCUCCCCAAAUACACCUUCCCUUCUCUAACCCCCACACCUGCACAGCGUACCUGUAUCCUCACGUCUUUUAUCUGCUUCCGGGGCCCCUGAUGUGCCUGACUGGGACCCUUGGCAACCUGGGCGGGGCCGACGCCGGACAGGUUUAUGGAGCAAGAGUAGCUAGAGUAUGUCAGACUACAGCAAAGCCUUCUGGGUAAGUGCUGUUCCAGAGGUUUUCUUCACUCCGGCUGAUGGACCUGGUGACUUUGCUGAGAGGAAGCUGUGAUGGAACGUCCACACCCUUGUUUUAAUUUCAUAAUAACGUCGUUCUUGUUUGUUUUUGUUGUUUUUUUUAAGUAGUUUGUUGUUGGAAAUCUGCACCAGGUUUAUAUAAUAAAAUAUAAAUUAAUAACUCUUUAAAA